CCUACUUCGUCGCUGUGUCCAGUUUUUGAUUAUCGCACGAGAAAUCAAAACUAAAUUUAAAAUUUUCAUGCAGAUUAGAGGUUGAAUUCAAAUGAAACGUUUUGCUAAUAUAACUUUCGGCGAAAAACUUGAAUGAAAAAACGAGUAUGCAUAUGGCAAUUGACUUUUAUGUUUAUUACAAUAACUCAUUCUGGUAAAAAUGUCAACUGCAGAUGUUGAUUCGAUUAAUUGAAAACCUGACAAUCGGAUUUCUUGUUUACUAAACAGUUUCAAAUAUAUACUGAAAAAAAGCGUUAUUUUUUCUUAAAAAAGAACUCUCAUCACUAGAAAAACUAAAUAUUAAUGGUUGGACAUACGAGUGAUACCUUAAUGCAAAGACAUGGAUGACUCAUCCUGACAGACUAGGCACAUCAGUCUAUUAUAACAAGCAGACUACUCGGCAUCUAUAUAUACUGGAAGUAGUUGAACAUAGACAAAAAAUAACUAUCUUGCUAGUAGGUAGCAGUGCCAGGAUUCUCAUUCUUUAGAGUUCCGUCCCGCAGGAACCCACAUUCAUCUGAAAAUUAUUGUCCAUGCGUUUUCGAACACACUGGAAUGUUUAGACAUACGUCGUCUUUCAUUUUGUAGUAAGUCAUCUCGUGUUUCUGGGUCUCCAGAAAUGAGAACCUACAUAAGAUUCCGGAUUGUUAGGAAUGAAACCCAAAACUGAUAUCCUUACGCAUGAUAUGUGACACGUCAGUGCCUUACGAAGGAAUCUAUCUACCUGACAACUGCCGUUUGAGCUCAAUAUUUUGUCCAUAGAUAGGACUUAUAGUGUAAAUAAUAACUCUAAAAUGGUCAGUGUCAUUAGACCUUUCUUCUCGAGUCAUGACUAUUUUAUUGAAUUUUCAGGCAAUCACAAAGUAUUAUGGAAAAAACCUCACCAAGGAAUUUCUGCCUGACAGUUUCUUCAUUAGCAGACCUUAUGGUCCGUAUUCUAUCCUGGAAGUUUCAGCUCACGAGGGAAGGUAAUGGACUGUUAAAUCGCUUUUAAAAUUUUAGUGAUGCAAUUUAUAGAGCUCGUUGAAUUAUUGACUGAUGUAAUAAUCAUUCGUGCUAAUGGCGUGUUUGCUAGUGAAUUUCUGAUAAUCAAAGUUUCCAUUAAUCUGUUCAUACCCUAUAGGGUAUGAGUCCCUUAAGCAAGGUUGAAACAUAUGUCAUGGCAGCUUGUCUUACCCUCACCCUCACUCACCUUCAAGAUUGAUAAGAUAUAAGCAACAUCGAAAUGCCUGGUAUUGUGGUAGCUAUACUUACCCUUAACAACGAUUUCUAUUCGAAGAUAAUAAAAAUCUAAACUUAGAUUUACAAACUCAACACUCAAAGCUAGAUAUCUAGGUUCUAAUUUAUCGUUAAAGUUAAAUAGUUGUUUAAAAAUUGUUAAAAGAUUUUCGAACAGAUCUUGAUUAAUGAAUAUUUACUUGAACUUAGUUUUCGUGACGAUAUGGAGAAAGUUUAAAGAGAUUUUAUUGAUAAAUGCAUGAAAAAAUGAGAUCCGUUUCAUUACUGGAAAGUGUCUUUGAUGAACAUAUAAAAAUUUGUUUCUUUGUGACUUCAAUCAUCUUCAUAUUCGGUCGGUUGUGGUACAAGUUCAAGUGUGCCACGACGGGAUAGAACUUUUCCACUUGAUGAAACAAUGAAAAAUCUUGGAAUAUCUUCAGAGAAAAGAAUAAUAAAUUAUUAUCUAACAUUAAGAAAUCAAAUAAACACUUGCAAGAAGAAUAAAAAUAUGUAUCGAGAGGAUGAUUUGAAUUGAAUGAAACAGCAGACCAAGGCAUUCCUGAACGAUAUUUUUGUCGAAAUCAGAUGAUACAAAAACUAUACGAAAAGGUAGAGAUUUUGCUUGUGCUUCUUUAUAAACUUCUACUAAUUUUGGUGUAAAAGCCCGACAAGAUUCACACCAAUCAGCAGAAAAAUAAAAUCCAAUACUUUUGACAUCAUUUUCCCAUAUUGUUUUUAUUUCAAACUUUUCUUCACUAUUAGAAUUAAGUAAAUAAGGAACUGAUUUGAAAAGUUGUUCUCAUAAAUAUUGUCGUGUAGGUACUAAAUAUUCAACGAGAGGACGUUCAUGUUUAAUUUUUGGUAAACAUGUUUCACAAAAAUCUACAUAACACUUUUGAUCUGUACAACUAUAUCGUGAACCAACGAUUGGACUUAUAUAACAUUGAUGACAAAUAAUACCAUUCCAAACAUAUUCACCUUCACGUGCUUCACGUGAUCAAAACAAACGUUUUCCUUUACACCAGUAACGUACAGCUCUAUGAUAAGCACCACGUACUAAAUCGGCAUCGAUAUUAUCAUCAGCAAUUACUUCACAUGUAGGAAAAAGCGUAACUAAAGUUGGAAUACGUUCAACAUUAAACUUUUCACGCAAUGUUUUUGAACGAUCUCGAUCUAAAUAAAUACAAUCUUAUCGAAAUCUUCUGUUUAAUUUACAAUAUUCUUUAUAAUGUUAAUUUGGUGUGCAGUAGAAACGUCGAAAGGAAAAAUGUCGAAAGAGAAAAAAAUAGGGUAAAAAUGUCGAAAGAAAAAUGUCGAAAGGGAAAAACGUCGAAGGGAAAAAUAUCGAAAGGGAAAAAUGUCGAAAGAAAAAAUAUCGAAGGGGAAAAAUGUCGAAAAAUGAAUUCUAACACAAAAAGAUGUAAAAAUGAAAAAUAAAAGAAGCAACGAUGUCUUCAAUAAAUGAGAACUCUAAAUUCGAACAAUGCAUGUUUUCUUUUCUUAUAAUUCUACUAGUCGAGAUUUUUCACCACUAGUAGUAAAGAUGACUAAUAAAUGAUAGAGAUUAAAUAAACAACUAUAUACGAAGUAAAUAAAUAACUAAAGUAAUAAUAGUAUAGCAACAAAUACGGUAUUUUCAAAUGACGGAACUCAACCAAAAUUGAGCAUUUCAUUUAUUAAAUCACAAAAAGGAAAAAAUUUAUUAGUAGCAAAUGAAUAUACUUUCAAACUAAACAAAACAACAACUACAACUAAAUAUUGGAAGUGUAUAUACAAUGGAUGCUCUUCUAAAAUUCAUACAAAUUUGAAUGAUAAAUUACUUAAAACAAUUGAUGAUCAUAGUCAUCCUUCAGAAAAAGAAGAUAUUCAAGUUCGUGAAUUUCGUGAAAAAGUAAAACAACGAGCAAUAAAUGAAACAACGCCCAUUCCACGUAUUUAUGAUGAAGAAUGUGAAAAAGCAUUGUUAGCAAAUGCAACAAUAGCUAUAUUACCAAGUGAACGUGAAAUGAAUAAUGGAAUAAAUAAAGCUCGUCGUGCAAUAACACCUAUCAUUCCAACAACACAGCUAUUUGAUAUCCCUGAACCUUUUGCAAAAACAUUGCGAAAUAAUGAUUUUUUAAUUGUUGAUAAAAUGAUUACAAGACGACAACAUAUAAUUCUAUUUGCAUCAAAUGAUCAACUGAAACUGUUAUUUAAUUCUGAUAAAAUAUUGAUGGAUGGAACAUUUUCAACUUGUCCUAAAAUGUUUGAUCAAGUAUAUACAAUUCAUGCCAUUAAAUAUGAUCAAUCAUUUCCUUGCGUAUUCGGUUUAUUACCUAAUCGAUUCAAAAGUACAUAUCAUUUUAUGUUUCAAGAGUGA